AUGAUGGCACCACCGGAAGUUCACCACGCAACUUUGAAUGCGACUUUCAGGGGAAUUCAACCGGAUGGUCAAGUCCCUGUUCAUCAAUUCUUGGGAAUUAAAUAUGCAAGUGUUCCUGCGCGGUUUGAGAAAUCAGAGCCGGUGAAUGAUUUGGCGGGGGCUGUUGUUGAUGCGACGAAAUAUGGCCCGCGAUGUCCCCAAAUGGAGAUAGAUGUUCGACAUCUACUUCGGAUCCCUGAGGAUUUCAAAAUUGCCCCAGAGCCGGAAGAUGAGUUCGAGUGUCUGAAUCUUGAGAUCACUUGUCCUCCGCUGUCUUCCGUUAAGGAGCCACUUCCAGUUGUCGUCUGGAUUCAUGGUGGCUCACAGAUCGUCACGUUUUGCUCCGCAGCAUCGAAGAUUUGCGAUCCCACCAAGCUCGUGUCGGAUUCGAUCGUAGCUGGAAAACCCAUCAUAUUUGUUUCGGUUAACUAUCGUCUCAACAUCUUCAGCUUCGGAGAUGGCAAGGAGAAAAAUCUUGCCCUCAAGGAUCAACGACUUGGUAUUGAGUGGGUUCGCAAGAAUAUUUCAUCAUUCGGUGGUGAUCCAAAUAACAUCACUCUCACUGGUGAGAGCGCCGGGGCCAUCUAUACCCAUGCGCAUCUGAUCACAGGCCCUCCUGUCAAAAGGGCUAUAAUGGCAUCGGGUACCCUUUACCUAUCAUCUCCAUUGCCCGUAGAGCGAGGUGAUGCGUUGAUCAAGACAUUGGAAGCAAAAGUGAAAGAGCUUGGGCAACCCUCGCUACGAGAAUCUUCCGUUUCAGUGUUGAUUCAGGCUCUGAAAGACUGCAAGGUGAAUACCAUGUGGAUGCAAGAAGAACCCGAGCUGGCGGAGUGGGAGAGUAGGCCGGAGCAGGUGGAGGAGGUCAUGAUCGGCGAUGUUGAAUAUGAGUCCGUCAUCUGGCGCAACGGUAUUGAGGCACUGGACGGCGAAACUAUAGGAGCCGCUUUCGAAAGCGAUAAAGAAUGGGGUAGCAAGCUUCGCAAGAUGUACCAUGUGAUUUCCGAUGAGCCUACGGCUGCAAAGCUCGGGGCUUUGGAUUUUGUCAACGAUACCCGUUACACACUUCCAGUUGAGAUCGUCGCGAACAAGCUAGCCGCCGCCAAUAAACGCGUUUACAAGUACGUCAUUGAUCAACCUAACCCCUGGCAACAAUCGAGUCGCUCCCAUCAUGCAGUUGAUCUGCUGUUUCUUUUUGAAGGAGUGGAUCUUUCAUUCAAUCCUGCCGCACAGGCAGUAGGAAAAGAGAUGCGACAGCGUUGGAUCAGGUUCGUCUCGGGAGAAGCGCCUUGGCCUGCAGAGAGCCGGUUCGCAUUCGGGCCUUUCGGCGAAUGUAAGGAGAUCGAUGAGAGGCAAUUCGCGGCGCGACGAAGAGUCGAGCCCUGCAAAGCGCUCGGAGAAGCGGGAACAGAAGUCUAUCUCCCCAUCCUCGGUGCACUCACCGCGGGACGAAUCAGCCUUCUCAAUUGA